GCCUAUCGUGCCACACUGAGGGGGUACACGCAUGAUUGGGCGCAUACCCACACAUUAGAAAGCUUUAUGGACUUAGUGGAGGCUCGUUGGCACAACCCUCAGCAGGCACAAAUUGCCACUGAUGGGCUCUUGAAACUUGAUACUAGAAAGUACAAGUCUGUGCGAGAACUCACCACGGUCGUAGAGCGUCUAAUCGUUGUCCCGGGAGUGGAGUACAAUCCAGAGGUCCGGUUGACCAUGUGCCUGAGAUGUCUUCCCACAGACAUUAGGAAUCUAUUAGUCAGCGAGGCUCGCAGAGAGUACUACAUGUUAGGAAGGUUUUUUUACUUGAGAACUGACCAUCAGACACUCAAGUGGAUCAAGACUCAACCAGUUCUCUCCGAUGCACUCAAACGCUGGAUUGAAGUCAUAGAUCAAUAUGAUUUCAAACUAGACUAUUUGAAGGGAGAGUACAAAAAGGUUGCAGAUGCGUUGUCUAGGAGGGCAGACUACCUAGGUGCGCUGAUUUCUGAGUUUGGUUUGUCUGAGGACGUGACUCGAUCGUUGGAUGAGGCCUACAAGGAAGAUCCCAUCACGAUGGACAUCAUCAACAAACUACAGGCUAAAGAUAAGGCCACCACUGAUGAGUUUGUGAUGGUGGAUGGGUUGCUCUUUCUUGAGAAGGCAGGGUUCAAGAGCACCAUUGGUGUCAGUCCUAGCCAACUACAUCUGGGAUGGAAGCCUACUGAAAAUCGAACUGCUGCAACUCCUGGAACCAUCGAAUUUGGUGUCCAGUAUGAGAAACUGCUGCAGCAGACUGUCGAACACAUAAAGAAAUCUCAGGAGGUCAUGAUUGCUUAUGAGAACAAGCGUCGUCGACAGUCCACAUUUCAGGUAGGGGAACGUGUCUGGGUCAAGGCUAGUGAACUGGGACAGGAGUUUGGCAUCUCUAGGAAACUAAUGCCUCAGUAUCUCGGUCCCUGGGAAGUCCUGGACAUCGUGGGGAAUGAUUUGGAUGGUCCCUCGUACGUUAUUUGUCCAGGAGACUCUGUGUCCAUUGACUUUAUGGACACCAAGAUAAAAAGAAGGAAUGGGAAGACGCAGGAGAUGUUGGAACUUGGACGUGUUCGAGAGAAAAGGGUUUCGGGUUGUGUGGGUGCGAUUGAUUACACCCACUUGUACAUCGAGAAACCCAACGGCAAGCGCGGGGAGUGCUACUACGACCGGACAGGACAAUUCUCCAUCAUCGUGCAAGUCGUUUACAACCACGAAUGCGGAAUUCUGGAUGUGUACAUUGGGUGCCCCGGGUCCAACCACGACUCUCGUGUGAUGCGGUUGUCGCCAUCGUGCAAGGAGUUCGAAGACGCAGGCGGAGUGUUCCAGAGUGGUUCAUAUGUACUUCGCCACGGAACCACGAUUGGUCAUUAUUUGUUGAGAGAUGCUGGUUUCCCUUGCUUCCCAUGGUUGAUGACGCCCGUUCCUCAACCGCGGCGGACCACUGACGAUGUCACCUACAACGACAGCCAUCUGGCGGCGAGGUCCGUCAUCGAGAGAACCUUCGGUCUGCUGAAGGCGGUGUGGUGGAACUUCAUCCGUCGUAGGAUUAGCAAAAUGACAACCUGUGCAAGGAGUUCAUGGCCAUUUCACUCGUACAUCGGCGCGCUGUUCCUCAACUCGAAGGGCGGAUGCCAGAUCUGGCUCAGCCACCUGGCAACCAUCCACGGCGUCCAGGUCGCCGAUCUACAUAAAGAGAUUUCUUGGGAAGAGUUGACGAGGCUAUGGCAGAAGCGGUUCAUCGUGGACGACGCUCUGACGCUCGCCAUCAACCACCUCUUCAUGACCCAAGGCAACACACCGACACUCAACUGCCUCACAGAAUGGCAAAAGAUCGUGGCAACGCCCGAUCUCGAGUUGCCAUUUUCGCAUUUGCGCCGGAAGUUCUACAACCGGUCAUGCGCCGCCUUGAGCCUCGCACUUAGUGAUCGCGAGCAAUACACGACCUUCGCCGAAAUCAUCGACAAGGCAAGGGAGAUCAUCAAGACCAAUAGGGCAGUUGCACACGAGAAGUUAGCAUGGCAGCCAACCUAUGUGGAGAAAGGAAAAUUUGGUCCGAGUCCGCAGCAUGUCACUGCAGUCCAACCGGACAACAUUGUGGAAGACCCGACAACCACCUCAACAUCACGUGAGGGAGAUCAGGUGGCCGUCGUCCAGCCGCGAAGCAACAACAACUCUCGUGGAAAAGGGAAGGAGAAAACCGCAUCGCUGGCCGGAAACGGACAGCCACAAGUAUUCACUCAAGUGAUUCCAAAAGGGAGUGCUGGGCGGACCUUAUCCAGAUCUUCACAGGGUACGAAGGAAGAGAAAUAUGCUACUGACUACAAGAGUGUGGGGCGUCCGACCAUGUCAGAAAUUUCAAGAAAUCAGAGAUCCCUGCCGGAUGCCACAAGGAAAAAAACCGUCCAGGAAAGUAAAAUAAAACAGCAUCAGCAACGAGCUAAUGAAGUGACUAAGGGUGGUCCCCAAGUUGGAUACCAACCAACGUCCCAGGCAAGACUCAUCCCAAAACAUAAAAACGAAGUAGCCCACGAAACAAAGCAGGAUCAAUUAAACAGCCGAGAAAAAGUGGAGGAAGGUCACAACACAGAUGAGAACGAGGAUGAUGGCAAGGAGGAGGGCGAAGAUCAUGAUGGUGAAGAGGAGGAUGAAGAGGAGGAAGACGAGGAGGAAGACGAGGAGGAAGACGAGGAGGAAGACGAGGAGGCGGCAUCAGAUAUUGUGCACACAGAAACGGAAGGUAGUCAAAGCUCCAGUGAUGGACACCAAAGGCGGAGAAGAUGGGGUAACAAGAGCAGGUCUACAUCUUCUGACAUGGAGAAUGAUAUAGAGCAUCUGUAUAUAACUCAGACAAAAAAAGAAGUUCGGAUCUCAUCGCGGCCAGAGACUCCUGGGAGUGACAUCCUGAGGACAGAAGUUGAGGUCACUGACAAGCAGCAUAUGUUUCUGAAGACUGUAGAGACAGAAGGGAAUGAAGGUGGCAGAGGUGACGGAGGUGGAGAAGAUGAGGAAAGUGAUGUCUCUCGUGUCGUUGUUGUGAAGCAGAAGGACGAAGAGAAAUCACGAUUUACCUACACUGGUGAUGAGGAAAGCACUCGUGAUGUUUUUUUGCGAGCAAUACACACUGCCGCUAGCAGCCCCAGGUAAUCUUAAUGUUAACUUUCCUUUUGCUUGCCAUAAUGAGGUCGUCUCGUGGGCUGAAGUGUAGUUAGCAAAUUAGCAAUCCAUAUGUUGUUUCAUGGAUUGUGCUGUGUUACUUCAGCAUGAAGCUGGUCAUCCCUGGGGAGUAGCUCAUUCAUGCCAACUCAUGCAGCGCUAAUACAAAAUAGCAUGCAAUGUGGUCAAAGCUUAAACGACAAGCACCGGGCAUCAUUCUGUGGACCUCUGAUAGUUUUUCCAUAACAAUUCAUGAGUGAACUGAACCAGCCACAGGCAGGCCGGUACGUCCAGAUCAUGGGCCUCCUGCUAAUCGGUGGGUAUUCCUCUUGUGCUGGCGCUUUAAAGGCUAGGCAGCUUCCCCUCUCCAUUAUCGAUACAAGUAAGUUCAUACAAGUUUAUAGAUUCAUACAAGAUAAUUGAUCACCACAUAGGAGGCAUUACAUGUGAUACAUGCCCAGUUGGGCGAUUUAUGUACAGCCAAGGAUCCGCAAUGUGAUGAAAAGGACUGAAUGGACAAUGAAAUGUUAGUGAAACA